AUGGGAGAAGACGAAGGGCUUUACGAGGUGAAAGCAAAGAUGACGGGACGCCUCGUCGCGAAUGUAAGACAACAGGUGUCGUCGGCUGGGGCGAAAAAGACGUCAGAUGAGCUGCAGGAGCAUAGAAUCUCGCACAAUCGGCUCUUCGACCCAUGGAGGAGGCAAAGAAUCCCCGAACGCACGCAAAUCGGUGCCGGUAAUUCCCACGCAGAGGCAGGUGCGGAUCGCGCCAAAUUAACGCUUUUUCACUCACUAACCAACAGAAUCCCAGGUAUACUUCGUUUGCCAUGUAUUGAAAGGCCGUGGAAUAUGUGGUCGGGAGGCUUUUUCGUGUGAUAUCAAACAUAUUUUAUCAUUUUGCUUACAUCUAAAAAGUGCUUUAAAAAUGAAUUUUGAAGGUAAAGAAAAAUUUGGAAGUUAGGUGUUAUUAAAGGCAAGCCUUGGGGGCUUUGAACUAGAUGGUCUUCCAUAAUAAUAAUGUUUAUAUAACUAAUAGUUAUAUACAGGUAUAACAAAACAAGCUCAAUUUGAAAAGCGAACUUGAUUUUUUGAACUUUGAUUGGCGAAUUGCCUUCCUUAGUUUUUUUUCUAGUUCAUGAAAUCUUUUUGGGAUUCUCCGGAAGUAAUGCGACACAUUUUUGAAUUGAAGCUUCAAAGUAAGUCAGAACAUCGUGGAGACCGAAGUAUAACACGAAGAAGUUAAGAAGGGAAGGCUUACAGUUACAAAAAUAAAUAUUCGCGGCGACGGUAGCUCUCCUCGGAGCAGACUGUUUGUCUUGCUUCGACGACUUCGCCUUUCUCUCACUCACUAACUUUUUUGAAUAGUUUUCCCUUCUUUCCUGGGAAUCGCAUCAAUACAAGUGUAAACAGGGCAACAAAACCGAAACGUCAGCACAAAGUGUCAUGGCACAAUUUGGUGAGGCGAGGGAAGAUAAGACGUGCUGUUCGUUUGGUUGAGCGAUUCAGAAUCAUCGAUUGACAGGAGGCGCGUCAGUUAUUGACUCUGAUUUUGGAGUGAGGUGAGGGGAAAAGCUAAAAGAAGUAAAAGUAGAAGAAGAAGAAGAAGAAGGGGGAAAACAAUGUGGAUCAGCGACGAAAGCAGCCGAGGGCCGAGGCUAAACAAAGCGAAAAGGACGACGGAGGGAGUGGAGUGGCGGGUGACGCCGUUUGUUCCUCUCACUGACGCCGCUCCGACCCACCGACAGCACGCCUCCGUCCUUCUCGCCGCACGAUCACUCGUCUAG